AUGACGAUGACGAUGGUGGAUCUGAGUUUCGGUAGGGACGACGCCGGAGAUGACGAGGACGAUGGUGGAUCUAGAUCUGAUGGAUUUAGAGAGCCUCGUGGAUCUGGAUCUGAUCGAUUUAGAGAGAAAAGACAGAGAGUCAUCAGUGGUGGAGUUGGUGCGGUUUUUGGAGAAACUAAUUGGGAUGGUGUAGAUGACGGUGCCGGAGGAGAAAGAGGGAAGGUUGGAGUUGAGGGUGACGUCGGCAGUGGUGGUGCGGCCGUGGUUGAUGGUGGUGAUGUUGCAGAAAACCCGCGCCAUGCGGCGACGGUGAGAAAUUACAACGCGGUACUUGUUCUAUUAAAGAUGGGUAGGGGAAAGAUUGAGAUCAAGAAAAUUGAGAAUGUGAGUACCAGACAAGUGACUUUUUCUAAGAGGCGUGCUAGGUUGUUGAAGAAAGCUCAUGAACUGUUUGUGUUGUGUGAUGCUGAAGUUGGGAUUAUUGUCUUUUCGAAUACCGGUCGGCUUUACGAGUUUUCAAGUUCGAGGUAUGGUUGGAACUGGAAGCUUACUCCAUGUGUUUCUUGA